AUGCUGGCUGUCAUUCCUUUCUUUUUGAUUGCUGCGACGAGCGUUGUAGCUGCUCCCUUUGAGAAGAGGGGGAUGCAAGAGCUCGUCUAUCAAUGCAACUCUGGGUUCUCAUACACUUGGGACGAUGGCCCACAUAUUCACCAUCACGAUAUCAACACUGCAUUUAACGAAGCAGGUGGCAAGACGACCUUCUAUCUGAAUGGCAACAACUAUGGAUGCAUCUACUCUGAGGAUAACGUCAACGCUAUCCGCGAAUCCUAUCUUGCAGGUCAUCAAAUCGCUCAUCACACUAAGCAGACUAUGGAAGAGGUUGAUGAGGAAAUCGGCCGUCUGAACGAUGCGUUUGUGCGCAUUUUGGGCGUCAAGCCCAAGUUCUUCCGUCCUCCAUAUGGUGACAUCAACGAGCAAAUUGCUCAGCGUAUCCAGCAAAAAUGGGGCAUGACUGUUGUGAUCUGGUCCGACGACUCGAAGGAUGCUAGUGGCAAUCCCUCACAGUUAUACAACUACAACUACUACACCAAUCUGGCUCAGACAUCGCCUAAUGCUCCUCAUCUUGCCCUGUCUCAUGAGACUGUGGAUGGCUCUGUCCUAGCCCUGCAGCAAGGGACAGCUAGGAACCUCAAAAACGCUGGUGCAAACUUGGUCACAACUGCUCAGUGUCUUGGUGUCGAGGCGUACGAGACCGUGACUGGCUACUUUGGCGACCGUGAUGAUUCAUGGACUUGUGAUGGUCCUUGGAUCCCAGCUGAUUUCUCAUCGACAACUUCGACUUCGACUCCUACUUCUACUUCGUCGACCUCUACUUCUACUUCGACUUCGACUCCUGCUUCUACUUCGUCGACCUCUACUUCUACUUCGACAUCUCCUACUUCGUCUCCAACUGGAACCUGCAUUACAUACACCGCCAAGGCGGGCGACACAUGUGCAAAGAUUGCAGCUGCCUACGGAGUCACCGUGGAUUCUAUCAAAAAUGCCAACCCAAGCUGGCUGAACUGCGAUAAUAUCUGGGAAUGGACACCGGUACAAGUCUGCGGUUCUUCCGGAACCACUAGCACGAGCACGAGCACGAGCAUCAGCACAAGCACAAGCACGUCUACAUCUUCUGCGAGCACCGGAAAUCCGACGGGAAGCUGCUUCACUUACACGGCGAAGAAUGGUGAUACUUGUGCAAAGCUCAGUGCUACAUACGGAGUCACAGUUGAUUCUAUCAAGAACUCCAACCCAUCUUGGCUCAACUGCGACGAUAUCUGGGAAUGGACACCCGUCCAGAUCUGCGGAUCGUUAGGUACUACUACGACAUCCUCCUCGAGCACUUCUGUACCCACCGGAUCCUGUAUCACGUACACUGCGAAGAAUGGUGAUACCUGUGCAAAGAUUGGUGCAGCCUAUGGUCUCUCUGCCGAUGCUAUCAAAAACGCCAACCCAUCGUGGCUCAACUGCGACAGCAUCUGGGAGUGGACUCCAGUUCAGGUCUGCGGUGGCUCGACGACAACCUCUAGUUCGUCGGCUCCGACUGCAACUGCAACUAAUCCAAUCUGCACUGCUUACACCGCCAAAAAGGGUGAUACAUGCGCAAAGAUUGCCGCCGAAUAUGGUGUCACUGUGGACGCCAUCAAAAGUUCGAACCCAUCAUGGCUGAACUGCGAUGACAUCUCUGCGGCUUCAUCUAAUCUAUUUCAUCUGCAUCCUUCUCGUCAUCCAAUGUUCCAGUUUCUAUCCCCCACAAACUUUGUCUGCCUUACCACACCAAUCUGUGUAAUCUCCUCAUUUUGUCAAGGUGACACAUGUGUGUCCAAUGCCACUUCCUAUGGUCUUCAAGAGUCUGUUAUUGCCGCCUCUGAAGCCGCCGUCCACUGCGCGAACAUGGCCGCAACUCUUGUGGAAGCAUCUGAAUUGUUCAUCUUCCGCCUCGAUUUGAAGGCUUUGUGGCCUUGA